GAAAGUUUGUCUGAGUGACAGCAGAGCUGCAGUCGAGACAAGUCUCUCUGUUUCUCUCUAAAGAAACUUUCAACUGAAUCCAUCAGGUUUUUCUCAACAAAACAGCAGAAUCUCUGCCAAACCCUGAGUGUGGAUAUGUCUGCUGCCAGCUGUCUGCUGACUGAAGAUCAGUUUCUGUGCUCCAUCUGUCUGGAUGUGUUCACUGAUCCAGUCAGCACACCAUGUGGACACAACUUCUGUAAAACCUGCAUCACUGAACACUGGAAUAUUAAUGUCCCGUAUCAGUGUCCCAACUGUAAAGAGGUUUUCAACACAAAACCUGAGCUGCGGGUCAACACUUUCAUCUCUGAGAUGGCUGCUCAGUUCAGACAGUCAGCUCAACAGAAAGCCAGCAGCAGCAGCUCAGAGCAACAAGCUGCCAAACCAGGAGAAGUUCCCUGUGACGUCUGCACUGGAACCAAACUGAAGGCCCUGAAGUCCUGCCUGGUGUGUCUGGCCUCCUACUGUGAGACUCACCUGGAGCCUCAUCUGACAGCUUCAC